AUGAGGACUGAUUUGUCUUCAGAAGAAUCCAACUUUGAUGAGAGCGCAUUUCUUUCUCAACUUUUGGUGGAUCACGACAUAUUUCAUGAACAAAGCGAGCAGAUUGAUGACUCACAUGGUGUCAUAUCUGAAGCCCUGGAGCAACAACGCCCGAAGCCCACUGUGAUUCAAAAGGAAGAUCAUUCUUUGAUAUCUAAAAUUAGCUCAGAAGCAUCCGAACCUAGGCACAUCGUUGAAUACCUUCUUGAUAAGGACAGCGGACCUCGGCGGACGUUGGUUGAUUAUGAAAAACUCCACGACCAGCCAGAGAAGAGUAACUCGUAUUUUACACUACGAAAAGACAACCCUCAGAAUGACAUGCGAGAGACAGGCAUGACAAAACACUCGCUCGAAUCCCUGCUUCGAAUAUACUCGUAUCCUAAGGAGAGUAUGAGUGGUAUAUUCUCAGCUCGUUUCACUAAGAAAUUUGAACGAGAGAUCAAUGCCCAUUUCCUGCAUUACAAGGUUCGAAAAAAGGCAUAUUCAACAUAUAAAAUGAAGGAUUUCUCAGCUAUCGUGUCUCCGGUCUACAGAGGACGUGGCAAAUUCAUAGUUAGACCGAUUGGAAAACCUGCAGAUAAUGAGGACAAUUACACAGGUAAAACUCUAACUGGCAUGUUUGACAGCUUACUACAGUGGCUCAUCUUUAUCAACACCACUAUGUUGAGAAGCCGCAAUCAAAAGGUCCUUUAUGAGGAAGAACUAUCAUCACACGAAAGAGUGACUGAUUGGCUUCUGGCGAAAAGCUUCAGGCCAUUGGAUAACAGUUUUCCUGUCUUGGGAAUAGUUACGAGUCCCACGGCGAAAACUUUUGGAACAGUUCAGGCGCCUCUUGUUAGAUAUCUCACCGAAGAGUCAUCAACUACCGACAUCAUCAAGCUCUGCGUUAUCAUCAUCCAACAACACCAUAGAGAGACAAACCACAAAUUCGAUGGGUGUAUUUUGGACGAAAGGCCUGAUUUAAUUCCACAUAUCGAAGCACUCCUGUAUGAAGCAACUAACUCUCGAAUUCGAGUUGACAAUUUUGAACAAUCUCUCGCUAUGCCCAUCGAUAGGAUAGGAAGUUUUAAAAUACCAGACUUGAGCCUGUUUCCCGAAUCCUACAAGCCGACAGAAUCAUACAUCAUACCCCCCCUAGGAAAAUAUGCAAAAGAGAUUUGGGACACCUUGAAUUCAGAAAGAGCGGUCAUAAGUAAGAUGGAAAGAACUCCGGUGCUGGGUCUUCCAGUCGAACUGGUCGGAUACCAAAGGAGGACAAUAACUGAACCGACCUUAUUCAACAUUAAAAUCAUUCGAAAAACGGGCUUCGCCAUUCACAAGGAUGAACUGAAAAAGAAGUUACAGUCAUUGUUUUACCAUUUGGGGAGCUGUCAUCGUCUCGCGUUCCAUCACCUCGUCUCACACAAAGAUAAUGCAUUAGAAAUUCCUACAGAUGAUACUUUUUUCCAAUGGAUUACAAAUAUGAUGCUUGCACCGGGAUACCAUUAUUAUCCUUUGUUUGGCGAGGUGGAACUGCUGAAGUCUUCAAUAAUGUUCGAGGCCUCAAACUUCAAUGAACGAUACGCAGUCGGAUCGCAUUGUUAUUCAGGUCUCACUUGCCCUGAUUGGCUAUUGGUACAGAACUUAUUUUGA